CUUUUUUCUUUUUUUUUUUCGGUGGGAGCCCUUGAGCUGGCUUCGUCUGUCGCCCCGGCCUGCCCUCCUCUCGCCUCAGGGGGAGUCUCUGCUGGCCCCCCACAGAGCGGGUACAGCAUGUCCAGCCGCGCCGCGCACCACCAGGAGGCAGCGGCGGAGACUGCGGGAGCUGCUCCUCGAGAGCGGGGCCUGACGGGCGCUUUCCCGCUGGUGCUGAAGAAGCUGAUGGAGAAUCCGCCGAGGGACGCGCGCCUCGAUAAAGAGAAAAAGGAAAAAUUUGAGGAAGAUGAAGCAGCAGCUGCUAGUACAAUGGCAGUCUCAGCCUCCCUCAUGCCUCCGAUCUGGGACAAAACCAUUCCUUAUGAUGGGGAGUCUUUUCAUCUGGAGUAUAUGGACUUGGAUGAGUUCCUUUUAGAGAAUGGGAUCCCUUCCAGUCCUAAUCACUUGGACCUAAAUCAAAACCCACUCCUGCCUGUGGCUGAACUGGAAGGAAAAGAACCUGCCAGUGCUUCUACUACAUCCCCAGCAUCCCCAUCUUCCACAGUGGUGUUCCAGCCAUCAGAAACUACUGCAAGUGAAGAAUCCUCGCCUGAUAGUGAGAGACUGACUCCCAGCCCCAUUGAUCCAGACUGUGUUGAGGUUGAUGUGAAUUUCAACCCCGAUCCUGCUGAUUUAGUGCUCUCUAGUGUACCUGGAGGUGAGCUCUUCAACCCUAGAAAGCACAAAUUUGCUGAAGAGGACCUGAAACCACAGCCAAUGAUUAAAAAAGCCAAAAAGGUUUUUGUCCCAGACGAUCAGAAGGAUGAAAAGUAUUGGUCAAGGCGGAAGAAGAAUAAUGUGGCAGCCAAGCGAUCCCGUGAUGCUCGGCGACUGAAAGAGAACCAGAUCACAAUCCGAGCUGCCUUUCUGGAGAAAGAGAAUACAGCGCUGAGGACAGAGGUGGCAGAGCUGCGGAAGGAAGUGGGAAAAUGCAAGAACAUUGUCUCUAAAUAUGAGAGCAGAUAUGGAUCCUUCGACUUAUCCGAUUCCGAGUGAUGCAACCUUAAAGACUUUUAAAAUCACAAAGAAACUAAAACUACACAUGAAACCACCUGUCGUCAGAGUGAACAGUGACAGAUGUGAGGUAUUCUACACAAACAACUGAUGAUGACCCAGCUUCCCUGCAAGUACCUCAUCUGAACUACCUAAGGGCUGAGCAUGAUGAAAAGGCUAAGGUCUCUAAUGUUACACUUCUUUUCGUACUGCUGUUUUACCUUGUAACCACAGCUUGCAGUACAGUUAAUUAACUCUUUUCAGUUACACUUGGUGCUCAUGUCCUUGAGUUCAGUUUGAUAACGAAUAAGUGGUGUUUGGGGAGAUGAUGGGAGAAAAUGGCGAGUCUUAAUUGAAAAAAGGCUUAAACUAUAAUUCUUCAAGAAUUUUGUGUUCUCAUCUCUGUGCUUUAUAAUGAAUAUUAAUAUUGCAGCUAGAUCCUGUUAAGCUGUUAUAUCCUGUUCUCUUGGAGUGGAAACAGAAGAAAUACGUUUUAAUAUGAUAAAGUAGAGCCCAUAUAAUGAUUGAAAUUGAAAUAAUGGGAAAUGUUUUCACAAUUUACUCUUUACCAUAAUCUAGAAGACAUUUUUAUUUCCUUUUUUCAUACACUGCAAAAAAAACCCCCUCCAUUGUUCAGUUCCAUCCUUCCUGCUGUCACUUUCUUUUGGAGGAGGGGAUACAAGAGUUAUCUACUCUUUUGGUGGACCUCCUGAUGACACCUGGGUCUGGCCACUGUGUGACAGAGUGUUGGACUGGAUAGGCCAUUGGCCUGAUCUAGCAUGGCUUCUCUUAUGUUCUUAUGUUUAGGUUUUUUAUCUUAUUGAAAAAAAUUGUAUCAAGUCAUCAAAAAUGACGGAAGCUUCUUCUGGUUGUGUCAGCUGCGUAAAAUUUAUAAUUCUGAUUUUCACCU